AUGCUCUUGGAGUACGAGAAAGAAGCACUUCAAACAUGCGACGGACAAAACAGCCUUCUUGUAAUGGGGGGAGGCCUUAACAUCCAAGGGAUAAUUUUGGAGGUGGUAAAGAAGUAUCUGGAGAAGACCUAUCUUGUGCUUCUGGUGAAUUUCAAUACAGAGGACGAAUCGAUGCUUCUGAGGAUGGAGUCUCCUUUCCUUCAUGAUGUAAGAACUUUGCCAAGGACAAGAAGGAGAGAAAAGUAUCUCAAUGGAGGAGUGUUUAUUGCAAGUAGCCGUGUAUUUCUUGCAGACAUGAUUGACGGCACAGUGGAUGUUGAGAAAAUAGAUUGCAUUCUUGUCAACCAUGCAGAGACAGUAACAGAGACAUCGCUGGAGUCCUUCAUCAGCCAUGUCUUCAGAUCAAAGAAUAAAACAGGAUUCAUAAACGGGUUUUCGGAGUCGCCUGUGCCUCUUUCUCUUGGGUUCUCUCCGCUAGCCAGGAAGAUGAAAAGCCUGAAGAUGAACAAGGUUGUUUUUUUCCCACGAUUCCAUUCCUCGGUCGAGAAGUCCUUGAAAGGGGAUGCAGAUGUUGUUGAGAUCAAGUUCAAAAUGUCGGAGAGCCGCAGUCAUCUCCAAGUGAUUCUUUUGGAGAUCAUCAACGGGCUUCUGAAAAUGGCCUUCAGAGGUCCUGAUCGAGAGGAGGUGGAUGCAGAGGCCAUAAUAUUUGGAAGUAUCCGCAAGACAUUCAAGCAGAUGAACGUUUUGAACAGCAGGAUAAUGGAGGAUCUGUAUGACAUACGUGGAUUGAUUUUUCUGCUGUUUUCUUGCGAUCCAGGAUCGUUCUAUGGAUAUGUCAAGGAAAUUGUAAAGAAGCAAGUAGAACUUGGAAAGGAUAGCACAUGGAUCAAUCUACCAAUAUCUCAUGUACUAAUUGAUGGAGCCAGAGAACAGUUUGAAGAAGCAAUCCAAAAAAUAGAAGAUAUUAGGGAGCAGAAGGAAAAGAGAAAUGAGAAGAAUGAACUGGAAUCUCUCUUGGGACUUUCCGAUUCCAAGUUAAGAGCCUUCUAUACCUUGAAUCCAAAGAUCAAGAAAUUGAUAGAGAUUCUGCAGGAGUUAGGAGAGGCAUCGUCGAUAGUAUUAGUUUCCAACCGUGCAGUCAGGAACAUGAUCUUAAAUGUUUUUGUUGUGUUUGGUCUAGUCUCUGUCGAGAGUAUUGAAAAGAAGGAGAACACAGUAAAGAUCUUGACCCACUACGAGUUCAAGUAUUACGAGAGCAGUUAUGAGAAUGUGAUUUUUGUAGAAUCUGGGCAGGACAGCGUUAGGAAGAUAGAAAGAUACAGGGUGAUGCAUCCUGUUAAAGUGUUUUUCCUUAUGCACUCCUCGUCUCUAGAGGAACAAAGAUACUUGAAUGAGAUAAGAAGAGAAAAGACAUCGUUUGAAAAGCUCAUAGAAGAGAGAUCAAGACUUCCUUUGCAAUUGGAUGGGGAGGAUGUGAUUGAUCUAGAGGAGCAUGAGUCGGGAGAGAAGGACUACACGGUUGUGGUUGACUCCAGGGAGCUAAGAGCCGAACUUCCCUUCUUUCUGUUCAGGGCAAGAAACAAGAUAUGCAUUUCCACUCUUCCCACUGGAGAUUACCUAAUAGGGCCCACAAUCUGCAUCGAAAGAAAAUCGAUCUCCGACUUUAUAUCAUCUCUAGGGACAGGAAGGCUUUAUUCUCAGAUGAGCAUGCUAUGCCACAGGUAUCCAAGCCCUGUUCUCCUCCUUGAGUUUGAUGGAAGGCCAUGUCUGUCUGACCACUACCGCUAUGACCAGGACACAUUCAAAAACAGCAUUGCAGCAAAGUUUGCCUUGCUUCUGUUUAACUUCGGAAUGCUGAGGGUUAUCUGGUCUGAGUCAAGACUAUUUUCCACAAAGGUGAUAAGAGAUCUUCAGAGGAAGGAAGAUGUACCAAGUGUUUCUGAAAGGCAUAAGAUGGACCCCGUCCUCCAUGAGAUACUUCUGAGUAUUCCUGGAAUAACACAGUUCAACAUCCUAAAGGUUCGAAAAUGUUUCAAGAGCCUGAAGGACCUCAUAUUCUCCAGCAUGGAUCGCCUUGAGUUGACUCUUGGGAGAGAGAAUGGUGUUCUUAUAUACAACUUCUUCAGGCAGGAGGGCGGAGGAGAGAAUAAAACAAAAGCCAAAGCAGGGGAGGAAAUUGAUGGAUGA